CGUCCUCCUGCAUCUCAUCCCAUCUGGGGAGUGCAGGGGAUCAUGCAUGGCAUCACAUACACAAGGUCUGGUAACGGUAACCGAUCCAAGAUACUUAACCCACAGUACAAAACUCAAAAGCGCAAUGCCAAGGUCCACGGUCACAACAACAUCCGGGUCGGCCAGUGGUUCCCUUCACAGCUUUCCGCUCUGUUCCACGGCGCACAUGGAUCUUCUCAGGGUGGCAUCCAUGGAGAUCAGUCGACCGGUGCCUACUCCAUCGUGAUCAGUGGCAUGUACGAAGACUUGGACCAAGACCGCGGCGACACGAUCUACUACUCUGGCUCCGGUAGCCACGAGAAUACCGAUCCCAGGAACAUACCGGACACGACAGCAGGAACGCAAGCGUUGAGUGUGUCGCUCUCCCAACAGAGAGACGUAAGAGUCCUGCGAGCCGCCGCCAGGCACAGUCGCUACGCCCCGUCGUGUGGGUACAGAUAUGAUGGUCUGUAUCGCGUGGGGGCCGCUCUGACGCCGCUCAACUCCCUCGGCGGCAUGUACGAACAAUUCAAGCUCGUGCGCGUGGAGGGGCAGACGAGCCUGGACGAGUGCAGACGCGCCCCAUCGGGCCCACAGGUGCGGGACUACGAGAAAAUCAAUGAUUACUUUUGA